AUGGAUUUGAAUGACUCCAACCUUCAAACUCUCACAGAGUUUCUCAGGAAAACACUGGACCCUGAUCCAGCAGUCAGACGUCCAGCUGAGAAGUUUCUUGAAUCUGUUGAGGCAAACCAGAACUACCCAGUAUUACUUCUGACGUUGCUGGAGAAAUCCCAGGACAAUGUGAUUCGAGUCUGUGCUGCUGUCACAUUCAAGAACUACAUCAAAAGGAACUGGCGUAUAGUUGAAGAUGAACCAAAUAAAAUCUCUGAACCAGACCGAACAGCAAUCAAAGGGAACAUUGUAAAUCUGAUGCUUAGCAGCCCGGAACAGAUUCAGAAACAGCUGAGUGAUGCUAUCAGCAUCAUUGGAAGGGAAGACUUUCCUCAAAAGUGGCCAGACCUUCUAACAGAGAUGGUGACCCGUUUCAGAAGUGGAGACUUCCAUAUAAUCAAUGGAGUGCUGCACACAGCACAUUCCCUCUUUAAAAGGUAUCGCCAUGAGUUUAAGUCCAAUGAGCUUUGGACAGAGAUCAAACUUGUUCUGGACACAUUUGCCUUCCCCCUGACAGAGCUAUUCAAGGCCACUAUUGGAUUGUGUAAGACUCAUGCAACAGAUGUCAGUGCUUUGAAGGUUCUCUUCUCUUCUCUCACACUCAUCUCCAAGCUUUUCUACAGUCUUAACUUCCAGGACCUUCCAGAGUUUUUUGAAGACAACAUGGAAGCUUGGAUGACAAAUUUCCACGGCCUACUGACUUUGGAUAAUAAACUCUUACAAACAGAUGAUGAGGAGGAAGCAGGUUUGCUGGAGCUGCUGAAGUCUCAGAUCUGUGACAAUGUUGCACUGUACGCUCAGAAGUACGAUGAGGAAUUCCAGCCGUAUCUGCCUCUCUUCGUCACUGCUAUCUGGAAUCUUUUAAUUUCCACAGGCCAAGAAGUAAAGUAUGAUCUGCUUGUCAGCAAUGCUAUCCAGUUCUUGGCAUCAGUGUGUGAAAGGCCACAUUACAAGCAUCUGUUUGAGGAUCAGAGUACGCUCACUAGCAUUUGUGAGAAGGUCAUUUUGCCCAACAUGGAAUUCAGGAGUGCAGAUGAGGAGGCCUUUGAAGAUAACUCUGAAGAAUAUAUCCGGAGAGAUCUAGAAGGAUCUGACAUUGACACUCGCCGUCGGGCAGCGUGUGACUUGGUGAGAGGCCUGUGCAAAUUUUUCGAGGGUCCUGUCACAGCCAUCUUCUCGGCUUAUGUAAAUUCAAUGUUAUCUGAAUAUGCCAAAAAUCCUCGAGAGAACUGGAAGCACAAAGAUGCUGCUAUCUAUUUGGUCACAUCACUGGCAUCUAAAGCCCAGACACAAAAGCAUGGAAUAACACAAGCCAAUGAGUUGGUAAAUCUUACAGAGUUCUUUGUGAACCACAUUCUCCCAGAUUUAAAAUCUUCCAAUGUUAAUGAAUUUCCAGUGCUGAAGGCAGAUGCCAUUAAGUAUGUCAUGAUCUUCAGAAGCCAGCUCCCUAAGGAGCAGCUACUGCAGGCUGUUCCUCUAUUAAUAACUCACCUGCAAGCAGAGAGCACAGUGGAGCACACGUACGCUGCCCAUGCUCUGGAGAGGCUCUUCACAAUGCGAGGCACGGACAACUCUUCUCUUAUCACUGCUACAGAGAUGGCACCCUAUACAGAGCAGCUACUGAACAACUUGUUUAAAGCAUUGGCUCUCCCUGGGUCUUCAGAAAAUGAAUAUAUCAUGAAAGCCAUUAUGCGCAGCUUCUCUCUCCUGCAGGUGUCCAUUGUUCCCUACAUUCCCACUCUGAUUGGUCAACUCACACAUAAGCUUCUUUUAGUGAGCAAGAAUCCCAGCAAACCACACUUUAACCACUACCUGUUUGAGUCUUUGUGCCUGUCGGUGCGGAUUACCUGCAAGGCCAACCCCACCACUGUUGGCAGCUUUGAAGAAGCUCUUUUCCCUGUUUUCACAGAAAUCCUUCAAAAUGAUGUUCAAGAGUUUCUUCCAUACGUGUUCCAGGUGAUGUCUCUCCUCCUGGAGAUGCACGCCAAGUCUAUUCCGUCAUCCUACAUGGCUUUAUUCCCUCACCUGCUGCAGCCUGUGUUGUGGGAGCGUGCAGGAAACAUCCCUCCUUUGGUUCGCCUGCUUCAGGCCUACCUGGAGAAGGGAGGUGCCAACAUUGCUAGCUCUGCUGUUGAUAAAAUACCGGGUAUGCUCGGAGUCUUUCAAAAACUUAUUGCCUCCAAGGCCAAUGACCACCAAGGCUUUUAUCUGCUCAAUAGUAUCAUAGAGCACAUGCCCCCAGAAUCUAUCACUCAGUACAGGAAACAAAUCUUCAUUCUGCUCUUCCAGAGACUACAAAACUCCAAAACCACAAAGUUCAUCAAGAGUUUUCUAGUGUUUGUCAAUUUGUAUUGUGUCAAAUAUGGUGCUAUUGCACUCCAGGAGAUGUUUGACGGCAUCCAACCAAAGAUGUUUGGUAUGGUGUUGGAGAAAAUAGUUAUUCCAGAGAUUCAGAAGGUCUCUGGCUCAGUUGAAAAGAAGAUCUGUGCUGUUGGUAUCACAAAAAUCCUGACUGAAUGCCCUGCGAUGAUGGACACGGAGUACACCAAACUCUGGACUCCCCUGCUACAGGCCCUCAUUGGACUGUUUGAGUUACCAGAAGAUGACAGUAUCCCAGAUGACGAGCACUUCAUUGAUAUUGAAGACACACCGGGUUAUCAGACUGCAUUCUCUCAGUUGGCGUUUGCUGGGAAGAAAGAGCAUGAUCCUAUUGGAGAAACAGUGGGCAAUCCUAAAAUCCUGCUGGCCCAGUCACUCUAUAAGCUCUCAACUGCCUGUCCAGGAAGGGUUCCAUCCAUGCUGAGUAGCAGUCUGAAUGCAGAAGCACUACAGUUCUUGCAGAGCUACUUGCAGGCUGCCACUGUGCAGCUGGUCUGAUGACAUGCUCAUGUCUGUUCAGUUCCCUCAGAAGAUCUCGAUGCUCUUCAGCAGAAGCCACAGUGGCUCCAUGUUGUCAAGGAGACCUGUUUCAACUGAACUUGAGAUUUUGCAAAUAUGUUUGAUUAAAACAGAUUUUUCACCGUAGUGAAAGUUCUGCCUGAGAUGAGGGUGAACUUCUCCAGUGGACAUUUUAACGGGUUUUUAAUCGCAUCACCAACCGUUAACAUAACUGAAUCAGGUUUUAUGUUUUGGCUCCUUCCUGGCUGUGUGGAAACAGCAAAUUGAGAAGUUUGCUUUAAUAAGAAUGUGGAUAUAAUGUUAUACUACAUUUCUGAAUCAGUUUUUGUGUUUUGGCUCCUUGCUGGCUGUGUGGAAACGGCAAAUUGAGAAGUUUGCUUUAAUAAGAAUGUGGAUAUAAUGUUAUACUACAUUUAUCAGUAAAAGUCAUAGCAGAAGUACAUUUCAGCAGUAUUGUGGAAAACUGAACAUCUGAGUCAAACAGAAGGGAUAUCUUUUAUUCUUUUUUUUUUUUUUUUUUUUUGUAUGUUUGUAUUCUUUUUUCAUUCAUGGAAACCUAUAACCUGCUUCCAAACUAAUUUUUUUCUGUUGCAUGUCAGUUGUAGUUUUGUCUGUUUCUCCACUGUUUCUUAAUGUGAAUAAAAUGGCACUUGUAUAGAGCUGUU